GAUCUUAAAGCUGUAACUGGUGACGAUAAGCAGCCGUAUGCCCAAUUCCGAUAACCUUUCUGUGAAGAAAGGAAAAACCACGACUUCGAUGAAGCCACCGCUGUCUUCUUCAAACCGCUUGCUAUGCUUCUUCUGGGUUGUUUUCUUUUUGUUCAGCCAAUCCGUUAAUGCCCAGAACGCCACCACCGUUCCUUCUGAAGUGAGGGCAUUGAACACAAUCUUCCAAAGAUGGGAUAUACAAGCACCGGAUACAUGGAACAUCAGCGGAGAGCCAUGCACUGGAACUGCUCUCACGACAAGUUUUUCUGUGUUUGAGGAUCCUUCCAAUAACCCUGGUAUUAGAUGUGAUUGUUCUUUCAACGAUAGCACUGUUUGCCACAUCACUAGCUUGAGGGUAUUUGGUCUAGAUAGACGAGGAGUGAUACCAGAGGAGCUUUUGGAAUUUCCUUAUCUGGAUUUCUUGAAGAUCGAUAGAAACUUCUUCUCUGGUCCUUUGCCACCAUUCCUUGGAAAUUUGUCUAGAUUAGGGUUACUGUCAAUUGCACAAAAUAAUAUCACUGGACCCAUUCCAAAGGAGCUAGCAAAUUGCCAGAAGCUAUAUCUGCUGUCUUUGGGUAAUAACAAUAUCUCUGGAACACUUCCUCCAGAACUAGGUGAUUUAGUCGAACUUGGAGAACUAUACAUUAACAGUUGUGGAUUGAGUGGUGAGAUUCCCUCAACAUUUGCUAACCUUAAAGAACUGCGAACAAUGUGGGCAUCUGAUAAUGCAUUCACAGGCAAAAUACCGGACUUUUUUGGUAACUUGACAAAGCUCACGACAUUGAGAUUUGAAGGGAACUCUCUUGAAGGUCCAAUACCAUCCAGUCUUGGAAAUUUAACCUCAUUGACUUCUUUGCGAAUUGGUGAUAUAUACAAUGGGAGUUCUUCUCUCGAUUUCAUAAGAAAUCUAAAGAAUUUGACUGACUUGGUUCUGAGAAAUGUCAUGCUCACUGGUAGUUUGCCUUCUGAUAUCACUGAAUUGCAAUCUUUACAAAAGCUGGAUUUGAGUUUCAACAACUUAACAGGCACAAUUCCAACUACUUUGUUCACUAUGAAUUCUCUCAGAUACUUGUUUCUUGGAAAUAACAGUCUAUCGGGUUCCAUUCCAAGCCAAAAAAGUGAUACACUUCAGACCAUAGAUUUAUCGUACAAUUUUCUAUCAGGAAACUUGCCUUCUUGGGUAAACUCAGGCUUACAACUGAACCUUGUGGCCAACAACUUCACACUUAACAGCACAAACAUAAGGCGUUUACCAGGAUUAGAAUGCCUUCAAAGAAGCUUCCCAUGCUUUAGAAAUGCUCCACGAUAUGCGAACUUUUCAAUUAAGUGUGGUGGAGGACCGAUGCUAUCUGAUAGGAUAUCAUUUGAGGCUGAUAAUAGCACACUUGGCCCAGCGACAUUUAAUGUAACCAGUGCACGGAGAUGGGCAGUUAGCAAUGCAGGCUUGUUUGCAGAAGCACGAAUUCAACAGUUUGUGCAAAACUUCUUAGGACAAGUGAGAGAUACCAACAACCCGGCACUGUAUCAGACUUCAAGGCUAUCCCCUGGAUCACUUAGAUACUAUGGCCUAGGCCUUGAGAAUGGACCCUAUACUGUAAGAUUGUUCUUUGCAGAGACAAGCUUUCCAGAGCGCGCCUCACAGUCCUGGAGGAGUCUAGGAAGGCGUGUUUUUGAUGUUUAUAUCCAGGGAACCCGACAAUUAAGGGAUUUUGAUAUAGCAAACGAGGCUGGUGGUGUCAAUAGAGCAAUAACUAGGAACUUCACUACUAAUGUAACUGAGAACCAUCUUGAAAUUCACCUGUUUUGGGCUGGUAAGGGGACUACUGGCACACCUGAAGAUGGUACUUAUGGUCCAGCCAUUUCAGCUAUUAGUGUUGUUCCAAAUUUCAUACCAACUGUUAGUGGGAUACCACCAAGCAAUCCUAAAGGGAAGAGCCACACAGCAUUAAUUGCUGGUGUUACAGUCCCAGUUGUGGCAUUGGCUUUGAUACUUGUAUUUGUAAGUAUUUAUGUGAAAAGAAGGAGAGAAGAUGAUGACGAGGAGGUGCUUCUUGGCAUCAGCCCUAGGCCAAACACAUUUAGUUAUUCUGAGUUGAAAGCUGCCACCGAAGACUUCAGUCCUUCACAGAAAUUAGGAGAAGGUGGGUUCGGACCUGUGUACAAGGGUACACUUUCUGAUGGGAGAGUUGUAGCUGUGAAACAACUUUCAGUAGCAUCAAACCAGGGGAAAGAACAAUUUGUUACUGAGAUAGCUACCAUAUCAGCAGUGCAACAUCGUAAUCUUGUCAAACUAUAUGGGUGCUGUAUCGGAGGAAAUAGGCGUCUUCUUGUUUACGAGUAUCUUGUGAACAAAAGCCUUGAUCAGGCACUUUGGGGAAAAGAUGUUCUGCAUCUUGAUUGGCCAACCCGCUUCAAUAUCUGCUUAUCAACUGCAAGAGGGCUAGCUUAUCUUCAUGAGGAGUCUAGGCCAAGGAUUGUUCAUAGGGAUGUCAAGGCAAGCAAUAUCUUGCUUGAUGAGGAGCUCUGCCCAAAGAUAUCUGAUUUUGGAUUGGCAAAGCUUUAUGAUGAUAAGAUAACACACGUCACCACUCGUGCUGCUGGAACCAUUGGCUACCUGGCGCCGGAGUAUGCAAUGCGUGGGCAUCUUACAGAGAAAGUCGAUGUUUUUGGCUUUGGUGUUGUUAUUUUGGAGAUCGUGAGUGGUAGACCAAACUCAUAUAAUACCACAGAAAAUGACAGAAUUUAUCUUCUUGAAUUGGCAUGGACACUGCAUGAAAAUAACCAACCAUUGAGCCUGGUUGAUCCAACAUUAGCGGAGUUUGACGAAAAUGAAGCUUUCCGAAUGAUAGGGGUGGCACUUUUAUGCACUCAGGCAUCACCAUCAAUGCGGCCGCCUAUGUCCCGUGUUGUCGGUAUGCUUGCAGGAGAUAUUGAAGUGAACAAUGUUACAACAAAACCAAGUUAUAUAACUGACUGGGAUUUCCAAGAUAUAACAGGCACCUUUGUGGAUGAAGAAACACAAACAUCCAUUGCCUCCGAUCAAAGCAACAUUGACAUCAAGAGUAAGAACAAGACUACUUCGGGGGCGGAUAAUCAACCAAUACCCUCCCCAGUAAAUAUUACUGAAUUCAAGGAGAGCAUUGGAGAAGGAAGGUGAGAAUUGAUUGUUCAUCAUUUCUAUACCGAGUGAGUUGUUUUGUAAUAUACGCAUAACAAUAUUAUAAACUUCAUCAUAUACUGAAAUGUACAAUAAUGUUCAUUGUUUUUUUUCUGUAGAUGCAUUUUAAGAUUAAAAAUC